AGCUCUAUGCCAGCAAUUAUGACAAUGUUAGCAGACCAUGCAGCACAGCAGCUGCUGGACUUCAACCAGAAAUUGGAUAUCAACCUGCUGGAUAACGUGGUGAACUGUAUACAUCAUGGGGUGGGACCACAGCAAAGAAUGGCACAAGAAGUGUUGACACACCUAAAAGAGCAUCCGGAUGCCUGGACCAGAGUGGACACCAUCCUCGAGUUCUCCCAGAACAUGAACACCAAAUACUAUGCUCUUCAGAUUCUGGAAACGGUUAUCAAAACAAGAUGGAAGAUUCUUCCCAGGAAUCAGUGUGAAGGUAAAAGCUGCUUUUUUUCCUUCUUUCUCACAAAACGUUUUAAUUCUGUCAAUGCCGGUGCUUUUUUAAAUGUGGUGACGUGCCGUUUCCAUGUCAAGGAGAGUUCCCCCACUAAGCAUGCUGGUUUGUUUUCUGCUUGACCGGAUCUCACUGGCCACUGCAAGCAGGGAUUGAUUCU